AGGCGAGCGGUCGCUUCUCCACGUUCCUCCGCGUUCUCACACGCGCGCGCCCUCAGGUCCCCGGGAGUCGCCGGACCCCCAGCCCGCCCUGCUCCUCGUCAGCCCGGCGGAGGGGCCAUGGCGCGGCGGCGGCGGCGGCCUGAGGCCGGCGGCGGGGCCCGCGGCGCGCUGGCGCUGCUGGCGUUGGCCCUGUGCGCGCCCGGGUCUCGGGGCCGGGCGCUCGAGUGGUACUCGGCCGUGGUGAGUACCGAGUACGUGGACCCGCGGACGAACCGGACGGUGUGGAGCGUCUCGGAGAACGGCCGAUUCGGCGACAGCUCGCCCAAGGAGGGCGCGCUGGGCCUGGUGGGCGUCCCGCACACGGCGGACCGCGACCCCGAGGGCUGCGCGACCGACACGCACUUCCUUGUGUCCCCGCCCUGGGUCGCUCUGGUGGCGCGCGGGGGCUGCACCUUCAAGGAGAAGGUGUUGGUGGCAGCGCGGAGGAACGCCUCGGCCGUGGUGAUCUACAACGAGGAGCGCUACGGGAACCUCACCUCGCCCAUGUCCCACGCGGGAACAGGAAAUAUAGUGGUCAUUAUGGUUAGCUACCCAAAAGGAAGAGAAAUUUUGGAUCUGGUGCAAAAAGGAAUUCCAGUCAAAAUGACCAUUGGGGUUGGCACGCGUCACGUCCAGGAGUUCAUCAGUGGCCAGUCUGUGGUGUUUGUGGCCAUCGCUUUCAUCACCAUGAUGAUUAUCUCAUUAGCCUGGCUAAUAUUUUACUAUAUACAGCGUUUCCUGUACACUGGCUCACAGUUUGGAAGUCAGAGCCAUAGAAAAGAAACCAAGAAAGUUAUUGGCCAGCUUCUGCUUCAUACCAUAAAGCAAGGAGAAAAGGGACUUGAUGUCGAAGCUGAGAACUGUGCAGUGUGCAUUGAAAAUUUUAAAGUAAAGGAUGUUGUCAGAAUUCUGCCAUGCAAGCAUAUUUUUCAUAGAAUAUGCAUUGACCCAUGGCUUUUGGAUCACCGCACGUGUCCAAUGUGUAAACUUGAUGUCAUCAAAGCCCUGGGAUAUUGGGGAGAGCCGGAGGGUGUGCAGGAGAUGCCCGCUCCAGAGUCGGCCCCUGGAAGUGUUCAGGCUGCAAAUCUGAUUAUCACUGUACAAGACGAGGCCAGACGUGAUGGGGGCAGUUCACCCUCGUCCACCACGAAUGAACCCGUGCUGCAGUGUGAAGCCAGUUUGAAAGAAGAUGCAGGUGAAGACACAGCCUUACUAGAAGAGGGCAGGAACGACCUUCGUGGAGGACCGUCCCCCGCUGCACUUCCACUGACAGUCACCCGGACAGAGCUUUGAAUCAAAGGACAUUUUGGGUUUCUUUUUUUACUUUAGCACAGUUUGUAUAUUUGAAAAUUAUGUACAUUCUUUUACCUUUCAGGUUCUGAUUUGAUAUACAGAGGGCUAAGAUAUUUUAUUCUUAGAGACUUUUUGAUUAGUCGUCAUAUAUUUAUCUACUAAAAUAUGUUGUUUACAAUGAAAAAUGUUAUUUCAGACUAUUACAGAGGAGACGAAUGGGGAAGGCAUGCUAAUGGAAGGGACGGCUUGUGUUUCUAGAUUCUAACUGGCUGCUACGGUACUGUAGAAACAAGAUUAAUUCUGUCUCUCAAGGAUGGUUUUAGACGAAGCACACUGAAUUUAGACUACUUGAACUGGAAUUGUGUAAUUAAAUUCAGUAACUGAUCAUAUCAGUUUUCCCUGGAGGAAAGACUUUAGAACAUUAAACUUGUAAAUGAGAAAUCUACAGCUUUCUUGCACCUUGGUUUUACGAGUAUAUAUACAGAUUUUAGAACCUGACAACACUUCUUUGUUUUCUAUUUGGAAUUAGGAGAAAAGCAUUAGAUGACCUUAGGAUUUGCAUUUUUCCCUUUUAUUACCUAAUUUCUUGUGACACCUUGAUUUGUUUGGACAGAAAUUUGUUCAUUUAUUUCUACAAAUAACUCUAAGAUUCUGUAUUUCACAUGAGCAUUAAGUUCUUCAUCACUUUAAGGGAAUCGAGUAGGCAGGCUUUUUUGUGUGUGUGUAUAAAUGAAUAUAUUGGCUCCAACUGCAAUUUAAUGUUUACAAUAAAAAGGGUGAAAGAUGGAGAAUUUUGAUUGUUGUUGUAACAAAAUAAACAAGUAACCAGUUUUCUUGGUUAAUUUUAAAGCAAACUUAAUGACCAUGACCUUAUUUAAUCAUCUAUCCUUUUUACUUUUUGUUUGCUUUUCUUACUUGGAGGGGAAAGGAGCAGGCUAAUGUAAGGCUUUUGGAGCCCACUCUCUAAGUUUAUAAAGUGAUUAAAUAAACCCCCAUCCCCUCUUCUGUAAUUUGUUUGAAGGGGAAGUUGAAGAAGAUGACGGAGAGGUAUUUUUUUAGAACUUGAAAUUGUAGUUCUUUUUUGCUUCUAAACUAGUUGCUGUGUAUAUCUUUAUUUUGUGAGGAAAAAUAAAUGUUUAUUGAGAAAAAUAUAUUUAAAAAAAUUUAAAGAAUUUAUUCUUAUAGCUGUAUCUAAGGUAAAAAGUUUUCCAUAGCUUAUUUUUUUCCAAACUAUUUACCACACUUUGAUUACAGCCAUUCAUAGUGAAAUACUUGGCGAGUAAAGUUUUACUGAAGUAAACUGUAAAGUUGGUGGCCCAGAUCCGAUUUGAGGAGCUACUAAAAUAGAAAAUAUGUCUUACUUGGCGCUCUCACUUGAACAGCCUCAAAGUAGGUUUCCAUAAUAGCCAUUAGCUUUGAAAUCUGCCUUCUGUGGUUCAUUGUGAAUAGGAAAAUAUGUCCUUGAUUAUAUACCAAGUAGAUUGUUUGCUUCCUUGUAUUUUAAGAAACAUACUAGGGAGGAAUGCUUUAACAAUUCUUUCCAGUAGCUAAUGAAGCUGACUUGUAAAUACUAUGACAGAUAAAGGUCAGUUGUUUUUGAUAAUUACAGAUUGGUUUCCUAAUCAGGGGCUGUCAAAUGUAGCUUUCCUUAAUUCAGAAGUUUGGACACUAAAUUAUAAAUAGAUGAGACUGGAAGAAUUGUGAUCUCUUCUCUAGAAACAUAAGUCUUUAAUAGCAGAAAAAGAAAUUAGCAGAAGAUAGAAAACUCUUAAGUACUUCAAAAGGAAAAAGUUUCAUUUGAUAGGUUUUUUAAAGGUGGAAAUAAAUAUGAUAAAGAAGAAUCAAAAUUACCAGAAUUUUGGCUGAAACCAAGUUGAUAAAAUGCCGGGAAUAUGGGGAAUGUAAAAGAAGACAGUAUACGAGUACGAAAUCAGAUUUAGUUAAGGUUAGUUAUUUAUGGCAGUGAUCAUUUUCCUUCUAACAGUUGUAAUAGAAGCCAUUCACAAAUAAUGUAGAAAAAAAUAUUUUUUAACUUUGAAAGUUCGCAGGCAGCAUGUAAGCAGCAGUGUAUCCGUGAAUGUGAAUCCGUAAGCUGCUGUCUGCCGGGUGGCUGCUUCUGGGUCUCCCAUCAGAAAAUCAGGCCCAUCUGGAAGAGAC